AUGCAACUUCUAUCAGUACUCGUCGUCAUCCCUUUCGUCUACGGAUACACGACUACACCAACAGCCACAGAACCUUGCCUAUCAGAACCCGAGGCCGCCAACAUCGCACGACGCUGGUUCUCGAUUUUCCAGACCGAUUCUCAGGGCAAUGGAACUGGCGCAGCACUCGUUGAUGUCACUCUAGCCCCCGAAUUUGAAUACACCGACGAAGGAGCCACAUUUGGAGAUCCCACUCCGCUGUACACCAAUCGCAGUGCAGUAUACGACUCUGUUUCCAGUUCAGGAUACAGCGGUGCAUUGGUUACGGAUGUUCAGUAUGAUGUAUUAUACGUCUUCUCCAGCUGCUCGGUCAUCGGGACCAGAUGGCAGGGGAACUCCAAGAGUGCCGAAGCGGACAAUGUGACCGUACCAGUUGGAACCACUAUUCGAUAUUUGGGAACUGAUUACUUGCAAGUGGACCUUGCCACUCGAUUGAUAUACAACGCUACUUCGUCGUCGGAUCUCUUGAAUUACUACAAGCAGUUGGGGGACUCUGGUGUGCUGGCAGGCUAG